AUGAGCCACGGACAUGCUGCUGGCCCGGGGGCCGAGGACUGCCAAAUAUCUAUGCUAUGGAAUUGGAACACGGUCGGCGCCUGCUUCCUCUCCGAGACAUGGUUCGUCCGUACCGAGGGGAAGAUGGUAGUUUCGUGCGUCGGCGCAAUGCUACUUACUGCCACUCUGGAACUGUGCCGACGUGGUGGACGCGAGUUUGACAACUUGCUCGCCUCACAAAUCCGACAAAGCGUCUUGUCGACGGCGCUGGACACGUCUAGUCGUCGAGUGGAGACGAUGCGUGCUAGUCUCCUACAGCAAUUUCUCCGAGCGCUGCUGCACGCCAUCACUUUUGCGAUUGCCUACAUCGUCAUGUUACUUGCCAUGUACUUCAACGGCUACAUCUUGGUUUCGAUUUUUCUUGGUGCGGGAUUGGGCAAAUUCUUGACAGAUUGGCUUGUGGUUCAAGUGGUUGUGGGUGAGGAUGGGAACUCGGAUUGCAGGGGAGCGAUUGGUGUCCAGGAGACCACUGUUUGCUGCUCUUAG